GUAAAAACAAACAUGGCGCCGCGUUCGAAUGUCGGUCGUGGUAUCGUUUGUUCAAAUGAAAAUACUGUAUUGACACGCUGAAAUUGGAGAGUACAGUUGAUAGUCCUUACGCUGUUGUUAAUGUAGAGUUGAGGAAACACAAUGAGCAAACAUGGCCAGCAGUCUACUUUGGGAGGAUUUCUUAAGAAGUCCAGAAGCAGACCUGCUGAUAUUGAAGAUCUUGAUGAUGAUGCAGAUAUCUCCAUUGUAAAAGUUGUCCCAUCCAAGAAGAAGUCCCUUAAAUGGGUCAGUUCAUCAUUUGAUGACUUUGCUGCGUUCCUCCCAUCGAAGCCAGCAUGUUCGUCGCAGCUGUCUGAUCCUCCACUGUCUCAGAGCAAGAAGCGGUCGAGAGACAGUGUACGUCCUGAGCCUGUGCAUCGACUCUCCACAGCGUCCACAGGGAAGAAACCCAAGAAGAUAUCCAGUGAUGAUCUAUGGGCAGAUAAACACAAGCCUAGCAAUAAGGGUGAUUUAGCAGUUCACAAGAAGAAGGUUGAUGAUGUAGAGACAUGGCUUCGAGAUAGGACAAAGUCGGCACCAAAGCAUGGAGCCCCCAUCUUACUUCUAACAGGCCCCGCUGGGGUAGGAAAGACUGCCACUGUCCAAGUGCUCUGCAAGGAGCUCGGGCUAGAGGUACAGGAAUGGACAAACCCAAUACAGCCAAGCUACAACUCAGAGCAGCUCUUGCCUUCAGCAUACAAUUCGUUUGCACACUCCCGUCUAGACACUGGCUAUUCAGAAUCUCAAGUCACGCAGUUCAAGAAUUUCCUGCUCCGAGCCAACAAAUACUCAUCUCUGCAGAUAGGCGACUCCCACUCAUCUAGUCACAAGAUAAUCUUUAUUGAGGAACUACCCAACAUUUUCUUCCGUGACAGUUCAGUAUUUCACAACAUACUCAGGAAGUACAGACAGGUUGGACGCUGCCCUCUGGUGUUCAUUAUCAGCGACACAACAAGUGGAGAAUCCAAUGAGAGACAACUCUUCCCUGCAGACCUCCAGGCUGAGAUAUGUAUUGAGAGUAUCAGCUUCAACCCUGUGGCGCCAACCAUGAUGGUCAAAGUAUUGGCUCGGAUCGCAAACUCAGAAUAUAAUCAGCGGUCAAUAUCUGCCAUCCCAUCUUCCCCAGUCAUAGAGUCUAUAGCCAUGUCCAGUGCAGGGGACGUGAGGUCUGCCAUCAAUUCCCUGCAGUUUGCCUGUAGUCAAGAUACAUUAGACUUAAAGCCCAAGUGUACAUCACAUCGACCAGCACCGAAGAAGUCUUCUUCUGGCUCCGGACGUAGACUCAAGUAUGAGACCAGUCAGAAAAAAGACACAAACUCUGAGGCAGGGUCCUCAAUAGGAGCCAGGGAUACCUCCUGCUUCCUCUUCCACGCUAUCGGCAAAGUGCUGUACUGUAAACGAGGGGACCCCAAGGAGUUCCCUGACCACUGCCAGCUGCCAUCACGCUUGUCUGAACACGACCGGGACCCGCUGCUCCUCAACCCUGAAGAGGUUGUCGAGAAGUCUCACCUCUCCGGGAACUAUUUCUCUAGCUUCCUGCAUCAGAACUAUGUGGACUUCUACACCGACAUCGACGACGUCGUGAGAGCUAGUCAAUACAUCAGCGAUGCAGACUUCUUCACUGCAGAGUGGGCGUCUCGCUCAGCGAUGGAGAACUAUGCUGCAUCUAUAGCUACAAGGGGUGUCAUUCACUCCAACUCCCACUGUGCUCGCCAUGACAGCAAGAGGACAGGGUUGGGAUGGAGACCGAUCCACAAGUCUCAGUGGUUUACCGUACAGAAACAGGCAAAAAGGAAUACUGAAACUGCUUGUGCUUUAUUUAAAGGCUACCACUGGGAUCCCAAGAUGCUGUGUACGGAAAUCCUACCCUACAUGAACCUGAUCAACGUCACUCUACACAGCCCAGCUCAGAUUUCAUUUGUUCAAGAGAUGUGUAGAUAUUCAACCUUUGGCAGUGGCAGGAGGCUUGAGAAGCUCGAGGAGACUGAUGUUCUCGACGGGGAGGAGGAAACACCGUCUCUGCAGGCCAUCAACCAGUCCUCGUCCUCACAGGCAGCUGGAGAGGAGGUCUCCCUCAGUCAGAAUAAGGUCCAGGCUCCUGAUGAUGAGGACGAUGACCCGGUUAUCGAGGACUAUGAUGAUGAGGACUAUGAAGACUUGUUUCUGUCAGAUGAUAGUUUCACAUGACCGUGCAUUGUACCUGACAAAGACCUAUGGAGUGAAACGCUUCAUUCUCAGGAUCAGACUCUGACAAAGUAUGGCUCUAAGAGCAAUCAAAGAGGACAUUGGUUACAAACUGCUGAUGAAGUUACCUUCAGCUUUGUAAAUGUGGGAUGUGCGACAGAUGUUUUAUAUCUGGUCAUGUUUGGUUAGGGUGUGCGUUGUUGUUGUCAUGGUUAUCGACAUAAUACAUAUCUCCAUGCUUGAUGCUCGUCUAAGACAACAAAAAUGAAGAUGGGUGGUCACUCUGCACAAGAUGGCUGACUUACAGGAAGUUCUGACUGGCUGUUCUAAGUGUGCAUCAUCAUUCCAGAGUAUGUGGCUCAUGCUCUGGUUCAGUAAUCUGUUCCAGAUUUGAUUAUACAUGUGGUGCUUGAUUCAAUCGGAACAUUGUGAACUUCCCUGUAAAACUACAUUUACUCUCUCACA